GUGUCGCACGGGCUACAACAAGGCGAAUCGUGUUCCUUCGCUUGACCAUUCGCGUUUCUGAUAUCACCAAUUUUCGCGUGGGAGAGAAAUGCGUCUGAUCCGCACCUUUUUUUUCUACGUUGUACCGUCACCGCGUGACAAAGUUCCUCUCCGCCUCCUCUCCUUCUACCACUGACAUGCGAAGCCUCGCGCCAAGCUAGCAAAAUAUUUGUCGGCUCUGCAGUUUUAUCUCUUCGUUGUUCCGUGAUACCUGUGUACCUACUUUAGCCAUUUCGUAAGUUAAUGUUGUGCUCCGGGUGAAAGUGAACAUUAAUUUUUUUGCUGACGGUAAUAUUGUAAUUGUUACGUGACGUUGUGUAGGCACGGGAAUUUUCACGUAAUUCCAAAACUGCAAGAGGUGAAUUUUAACUCUUUGGAUUACUUGUGUGCAUCAGAUGUUUGUCCCCUGAGAGUUGCCUGUGCAUAGAAUCAUCGCCUGCAUUUAUUCACCUUACUUUCAAGGUAAAGGCUAUUGUUAUUUUGCGUCCAAGUGAAUGUGGUUUGAAUCUUCAUCGAUGUGGAGUGUGCGAUGAUACUUGAUGAGUAAUCGAAAAUGAGGUGGAACGGAGUGUUUCAGUGUACCGUAACCGCGACAACCGCUUCACUGUCGAAAAAUUUCCGACAAGUGAAAGAAACGUUGCACGGUAACCUUUUUUUGGAGUUCACGCUGCUAGGUGGUGCAAUGAUACUUUGACAUUCACUUUUUAAACCAGUGUAGAUUACACUCUUUAUAAUUUUCGGUCUAGUACUCGUUGGUUGGUAAAUUAACAAACUACCUACCAUUGCGGGCAAGCUUUGGAGUUUGACUAUUUCACUGAAAAUGCUCGUUUAUCCUGGCGGCAACGAGAGCAUACUCGGAUACUUCACCAUCAAAGAUUCUCAAGAUGUUGAUCUGGAUGCCAUCCUUGGUGAGUUGUGUGCUUUGGAGCGACGCUGUGACGGUGAUAUCGCGGCAACUCCAGCCCCGGACUCUCAGAGGCAAGGAAGACCGAACAAUACGAGAAUCAACCCUACAGACAGCACGGAUAUUAGUAAAAAUGAUGGAGGAAUGCGCACGGACAGUCCUGACAAUGACAGCGCCUUCUCAGACACGGUAUCGAUGCUGUCCAGCGAGAGUUCGGCCAGCAGCAGUGGCUCCGGACACAAACCACCUCAGAACAAUAUGCACACCGUUCCGCAACAGCAACCGCAUCACCUUAUGGACGCCGCAGGCAGGGCAAAGGCUGAAAAAAUUCGUCUCGCACUGGAAAAGAUCCGAGAGGCAAGCGUGCAGAAACUUUUCAUCAAAGCCUUCACGCUCGACGGCAGUGGUAAGAGCCUUUUGGUCGAUGAGGGAAUGAGCGUUGCACAUGUAUGCAGGCUCUUGGCAGACAAAAAUCACGUACCGAUGGACCCCAAAUGGGCAGUGGUGGAGCAUCUCCCUGAUCUUUUCAUGGAAAGGGUAUACGAAGACCACGAGCUAUUGGUAGAAAACCUGCUCCUAUGGACGAGGGAUUCCAAAAAUAAGUUACUCUUCGUGGAACGUCCCGACAAAACGCAGUUGUUUCUCUCAGCAGAGAAAUUCCUUCUUGGGCCAUCAGACAGAAGUAACGCAGAAUACGACGAUCACUCGCGAAAUAUUCUAUUGGAGGAGUUCUUCUCCAGCAGUAACGCGGGAGUGCCUGAGAUCGAAGGUCCACUGUAUUUGAAAUCGGACAGUAAAAAGGGCUGGAAAAGGUAUCACUUUAUCUUGCGAGCAUCUGGUCUUUAUUAUUGGCCGAAGGAGAAGGCGAGAAGCGCUCGGGACCUUGUGUGCCUGGCAACGUUUGACGUCAACCAAGUGUAUUACGGUAUUAGUUGGAAGAAGAAAUACAAAGCCCCGACUGACUUCUGCUUUGCCGUGAAACACCCGAGGCUUCAGCAGCCAAAAUCUACCAAGUACAUAAAGUUCUUGUGCGCGGAAGACAGUGCGGCUCUGGAGAGGUGGAUGGUCGGCAUACGGAUAGCAAAAUAUGGCAGACAACUUAUGGAGAACUACAGAACUCUCGUAGACGAAUUGGCACAGGAAGAUCUCGACCUGUUGGCCCACGCCAGGUCUUGCUCGGUCAGUUCGAUAGCAACACCCCCAAAUCAAACUCAGUACAAUACGACAAACGACAACGCAAGGCAGUUCACAGAGAAUUCAAGAAACGUGGUAAGCGAAGGUAGGCUCAGUAGAGCCAGCAGCUCUAGUUCCUCUGGUUGUAUGUCCGACGGAGCUUCAAGCAGUUGUGAGGUGGCUUUUGAGUGCGGGGAAUUCCCAACGGGCACGAUUAAACGGAAACCUUCAAUGAAUCCGAAGCUACCGCUUACCUCGAUAACGCGCCAACUCAAGGAAGUCGGAGAAACGGUACGCGAUGAACCGGAUAGCUGUCCAAGCCCUACCAGUUCGGGGUCAGGCACUUUAACAAGAAGGCAUAGCAGGCGGAGAAGCGGGACUGACUCCGAUGGGUCUGGGACUCUGAAAAGACAUCACAGAUCGGGAAAUGCGACUCCCGUCAGUCCCGUACCUCCGGGGACUCCGGUCAGAGAAAGAGCUAGUCCUAUUACCUACUCUAGGACGGAAAGCAUCGAAUCUAAGACUCCGACUAGCCCAAUACAACAAUGCAUGAUGGAUUCGAUAACGUCUCUGCCACCGCCACCCUCACCGUCCAGAGGAACUGACGAGGCGGAAUCUGACGGUGAACCCCUGCCUCCUCCACCCCCGGAGAUGUUCCGGUCAAACCUCUCUCUGGAUAGUCUCCCGCCACCUCCCGCCCCUGGAGAACUUCCAACUUGCCAUAGCCCGGACCUGACCGGCUCUUCCUUGAGCCUCGCGUCUCUUCCGCCACCACCGAGCCCCCUGGUCGGUGAAACUGGGACCAUAAGACGGGCAAGGCCGAAGCAGUCAACGCCUACGAACUCACUAUCACCGGAUGGAACACCGACACGCUCGCUCGAAGUGGUAAACCAGAUUUACGCGACGGCGAUCAAUAAUGGGCAGAUUUACUCCGAGAGCCUGACAUCCCAUGGUGGCAAUGGGACGAGUAGUUCGAACGGUUCCAACUGCUCAACGCCCACCAACUCCUACCCGUCGAGCAUUACUCCCAUGUCGCCUGCCACCUCGGGGAUGUCCGGUAGCCCAUGCUUCGCGGCGGUCCCACCACCCUUUGUUCCACCCCCGGCAUAUGGCACUCAGCACAACUCUCUGCCGGGUAGACAAAACUCUAAAACGGAGUCGAUAUACGGCGGAUCUCUUCAGCACGGCAGCCAGCCCAUAAGGCCCAACCCUAACAUGGACACGGUGCGGCGUAGCGCGUUGAAGCAGGGCAGCAGCCACUACGCAGCGCCUCCGUACCUCGCCGAGCUCAAGGCAGCUGCUAGCCCCCAACCACAGAGGAGGGUAACCAUACAGGAGCCCCCAACAUCGCCAAAGGCUAAGACCGGUACCGGGAAAAAGAUCACGUUCAAUUUACCACCGCAACAGGAUCAAGGAAGUCCGGCGUUGCCGCAGAGGAAACCCAUGCCUCCCAGGAGGUCGAACAGCACGAAGCUCACGUCACCGAAAAAGUUAGCCGCCUCCGACCAGGCGCCGCCCAGAGAUUUCUUGAAGGAUUUGCAGAGGGUGAUGCGUAAGAAGUGGCAGGUUGCCCAAAAGUGCAAACUCGACACGACGACGACUCCUCACGAGGUACUUGGCUUCCGGGAUCCUCCGCCAGCCAUCGCCGACUACAGGGAAACCAACGUCUCUAAUUGGGUUCAGGAGCACUACGGUGCUUACAAUCUUUACGAAAACGUUUAUGCUACGGAUCCCAACGCCCCCGUAGAAUACGCGAGCAGUCCGACGAAAACUACAGCGAGCGUUAGGUUUGCGGACGAGAACCGCACGAACAACAUCGCCAACGCCAUUGCUGGGAAACGAAGGCCACCACCCCCACCCCCGAAGAGGGCCGACACAACUCACCUCACUACGAGAGCCAUGCACUGACAAUAGCCUACGAUCAAAUCUCGCUUCGAGGAAAACGUCGCACCGGAGAGACGCCGAUGCGGGUGGACCUGCUGCCUCUGCACCUGGUGGAAGCAUUGAAUAGAUAACCCCAAGUGGGAAUGCCGCGGUAGGGGAAGGGUAACAAUAGGGAUGAACCUUAAGAACGUGCUGAUAUAGUUCGUUGAAAUGUUAGGUGCCCUGGUUAUUGAGGUAGUGGGUAGAUAUCAUCUUUUAUAUGUGACUACACCUCGGGAUGUGAUUACGUAUCCUCUGAAGGUGUUGGCUAGAAUUUAUUAUUGAAACCAUGAACUAUUUUGUGAUGGUUUCGUGUUCGAUCUACGAAAUUCCCUCCGUAAAAUGAAUUUCCGGCAAUGUUGUUUUCAAGAAGCGAGACGAUAGAUCGAUGGAAAGAUAACGGUGAGACAGACACGGCGUCAGAUACUUUUUUUUAUUACACUUUCUAACACGUCGAAGAAGGAAGAGAAGGAGGUGCGAAUAGAAUGAAAUAGGAGAUAGACCACAGAUUUUUUUAAUCAAGGUGCUUUAUAUAUAUAUAUAUAUGUGUGUGUGUGUGUGUGCGCGCGCGUACGUGUGUGUGUAAUAUAUAUAAUAUAUUAUAUAACAUGUAACACACGGUGAGUUAAUGUAAUAAUAUUCGUAAUGUUAAUAAUAACAAUAUGUUAAUUGAUACUGCGCAAGCGUCUAAACAGUAAUAAAGUGUUCUUGGAUUGACUCUUGAGCGUUCCACGGAAAGGCAACGUGAUAAUGUCGCUGACAGUUCAUUAUGGGUACAUUCUAGACACGGAAGAAAAAUUUUUCUCAAUUAUCUGGUAUCCUGUAGACUAUUGCCCGUUUAUAAACGUAUUGAAAAUAUGAAAAUUGUAAGUUUUCCAAUCUUUUGCAGGUGCCAAAACAGUUUAUUAUUGCCUCACUAUUUUAAACUCUUCAUUAUUACUCAUUAAUAUGUAGUUAAAGUUCACGUAGUUGUGACAAAAAAAAAAAUGAAUCUAUCUACUGAAAAUAUAAUCUUCGUAUUACAGGUUUGCUGAGCCGUAGUCUUCUUCUGAGAUCCAGGGUAAAGGAGAAAAAUUAUGGUUUUAACAUUGUCACGAGUUUAAGAGUGAAAUUAGGCUGGUGAGCUUAUUAUGGAGUAGGAUAUAUGUUAUUUCAUAGAGGAAUGAACGCGCUACACAUGCAAGCACAUACAUGCGAGUAUGUACAAUAUCUUUUACAAUCCACUAUCUUAUAGCCCAUAGGCUACAAUUAACACACAACGUGAACAUAAGAUUGUAUAAAAUUAGGUGAUUAUUCUUGACGUGUGAUCUAAGUUUCUACAAGUAUACACACUGUAUGUAACAUCAUGCAGAUUUGCUGUUGCAUUCGAUGUUUAAAAACGUGACAACAUACCGGAAUAAGUGCAGCAUUUGGUCACGGAACCUUUUCUUAUAACCACAGAGAUCUCGUUUAUGCCAUUUUUUGAUAAGUAUCUACACACGCACGCACAAUAUACAUUUAUACAUAUACGUACGCAUACUCGUGCAUCAAAACUGAAAUGAGUCACUUGUUCAUACGUAAGCUGCUGUAAUGCUGAUAAACAAAUAUGAUAUAAGUCCCACCGUAAAUACCUACCUGUCCAUACAUUGCAGACUUUUUAGGGUACCCAUGAUGGAUAAACCAGGUGGCUUUUCUUUAUCUGUUCACGCCGAACCAAAUAUGGAAUGAGAUGAAAAAUGAUACUUUCUCCUAAUAGAUUCGCGUGGUUAAAAGCGGAAAAGGGAAAGACCGAUGUUUUUUAUUCAAUGUAAUGUAUCGUAAGGGAGAGGGGGAUAAUGAAAAUUGCCAUGCAGACGAUGUUAUUCAUUUGAAUAGAAUUUUCCAGUAUCGCAAAGGAAGGGAAUAAUUUAUAACAAUGUUUCAUUCGAUUCCGUUAUUCAAUUUCGAAUUAAUAAUUUGGCUGAUUCUUUGCAUACGAACACUGGACAAUUAAAAUAAAUGCCAAAAACUAACCCUGCCUUGCACAGCGAUUAUGCCUCCGUUCUCCCUUAACUUUAUAUUAUACACAUAUUUCAUAUGCAUAUUGUGUAAUACGCGCAUCCUAUGAAUAUGAAUUUAUACAUGCGUGUUUUAUUGACAUUGAAGAUUUUUUAUGAUUAGUUUAUACAUUUGUAAUUCUAACAUUGUAAGUACGUAUGUUCUGUUAAAUGUGUCCCGAAUUUUGUUGGGCAAUAAUCAUAAUAUCUGACUAUAAAGUUUCAACGAUCUCGUACCGAGCUAUUGCAUCUAUAUUGCGAUAAAAAAGGAAUGAACUAAAAUCGUUGGAAUAUUUCUCUGGAUGAAUACAUAAUUGUAAACAACGAUAUUGAUCGUAAUUCAGAGUGUAUCGAAAUGAUGUAUAGCAAGAUAAAUUCUUCCAAGGUUGACGAAAUUUAAUUUACUCUUGUUAUUUUUAAUUCUCGCGUUCUCUUAUUAAAACUACCGAGACGGCUUGCAAAAGCCUAAAUAAAUACCUACUUUACGGCUAAAGUACUUUUCGCGCCUUGAUCCAACUGAGAUUGAAUACGAUUGCGUAUUAGAUUGCUUAGAGUUUGGCGAGGAUGGUGGCAAUCAUACGAAUUUAUUAUUUCUCAAUUUUCGGAAUAAACUCCAUAGUAAUCUAAUAAUAAAGGUUUGAUAAUCGUUACUCUGCGCAGCCGCACAAGAAGACGCAUGCCUUUGGCAUGGCGUAGAGAAAUAAUUACUUCAACCAUCAAGUAACACGACGACACCAAAAUAAUUAGGAAUAUGCAAAAAACGAGAGCACCUAAAAUCAUAAAAAUGAUAAUAAUAUUAUAAAUAGUGGAAAAGUAAAAAUUAACUUUAUUUACUAAUGACUACGCUGUAAUGUCAUAUUAUUAUAUCCCUGCGGAGAUCUUUUCAUUAAUUCACUGAACUCCCGGUACUUUGAUAAUACAAUUUUCUAUCAAGAUCAUUUGUGCAUAUUGCAAUUUCCUAACUUGUAAUUAGCGAAUGUCGUAAUGAGCCACGGAUUGAAUUAUACUCUGAGUUAUCUUGGAAUAAAUUGGUGAAAAGUUUCCGCUAGGCAGAACUUUAAGCCAAUUUUAAUCCCGUUUUUCUUUGAUUGAAUUUACUUGAGUGAUUGUCAGCAGCUGUCUUAAGAUUUACUUCGGAUAUGGAGUAUUUUUUUAUAUGUAAUUUUUUUGACUACGUUCAGGUGAUCGGCUUUGUAGGGUGGAACUCGCGAUUGCCGUCAUGCGUGUUUAAGGAAUAAAAUCGUUUUCAUACCGCCUAGAAAAAAUGUUUCCUAACGUUUAGAUAAAUUAUUGAAAUAUUGAAAAUGAAUAGUGAAUUAAGAAUUUAAAUCAAUUGUUCUUCGACGAGCAUAUAUAUAUAGUGCAAUUGGCAAAAUUAUAUUCAAUUUUGAAUUAUGGUAUAGUUAUAGUGAAAUAUUUUAAUGUGUCACGUAUAUUUCAACCAUUAAUUUUUAAGUUGUACGUAUGGUUUUUGUAAAUAUUGUAACGAAUGGUACUAUGAAAAAAGUUAUAAUUGAAGAUAUUACGAUUAAUUAAUAUAAACGUAUGCUAUUUAUGAAUGGGAAACGUGGGUAUAUUUUCAAAAAUACCGUUUGUCACAAUUUAAAUAUGUUUUGUGAUCUCUUAUCAUUCGAUGACUAUAUUAUGUGAAUUGAUUUUAUACCUUAUUAAAAUGAAUGAACAACGGAA